UGCCUUGCACCAGGUCUUACCCUUCCAGUAUGUUCCUUCUGAUGAGACAAUUUCCAGUGCCGAGAGCUUCAGUACAAUGUGGAAAUGGAUACUGACACAUGGUGCCUCAGCCUUUCCCCACCUGCCUGGCUGCUGCUGCUUCCUGUUGCUGCUCUUGGUGUCUUCCGUCUCUGUCACCUGCCAAGCCCUUGGUCAGGACAUGGUGUCACCAGAGGCCACCAACUCCUCUUCCUCCUCCUCGUCUUCCUCCUCCUCCUCCUCGCCUUCCAGUGCGGGGAGGCAUGUCCGGAGCUACAAUCACCUCCAAGGAGAUGUCCGCUGGAGAAAGCUAUUCUCUUUCACCAAGUACUUUCUCAAGAUUGAGAAGAACGGAAAAGUCAGCGGUACCAAAAAAGAGAACUGCCCGUACAGUAUCCUGGAGAUAACAUCUGUGGAAAUUGGAGUUGUUGCUGUCAAAGCCAUUAACAGCAACUAUUACUUAGCCAUGAACAAGAAGGGGAAACUCUAUGGCUCAAAAGAAUUUAACAAUGACUGUAAGCUGAAGGAGAGGAUAGAGGAAAAUGGAUACAAUACCUAUGCAUCCUUUAACUGGCAGCACAACGGGAGGCAAAUGUAUGUGGCAUUGAAUGGAAAAGGAGCUCCAAGGAGAGGACAGAGAACACGAAGGAAAAACACCUCAGCCCACUUCCUUCCAAUGGUGGUACACUCGUAGAGGAAGGCAGUGCUCGUGGA